ACAUAGCACUUUUCUGUUAAGUUUUCAAAAAUUAGUAAUCAGUUGGUUGUGAAGUGAGCGGUGGUGAACAUGGAAAAGUGAAGAAACUAGUGCUGUAUUUUCCGUCUAUUUCCAACUCGGAGACCCUGACUAAGUUGACAAUGGAGUGACAUUUUCAAGCAUCGACAGGGCCACGAGCUCCACUUUUUUUAAACAAUUUUUUCGCCGCAUAAAGCAUGAACCUAACAUGUUAAUAAACGUUUCAUACAGGAAACCUUCGAACACCUUUACUUGACAGAAAUCUUUUAAAAAAUUUGGAAAAUUUGGCAAUUUAGUCUGUCAAAAAAAGCAGGAAUAAAUAUAAAAAAUGGGACGAUACUCGGGGAAGAAAUGUCGUCUGCUGACAAUGCUGUGGCUGACCACAUUUUUCUUUUUAGUGGAAAUAAUAGUAGGAUAUGUUACAAAUUCAAUGGCUCUGAUAGCCGAUAGUUUCCAUAUGCUUUCCGAUGUGGCGGCAUUAGUUGUUGCAUUUCUUUCUGUAAAGAUGUCGCCAAAGAAAUGGUCGAAAAACACAUUUGGGUGGGCGAGGGCAGAAGUUUUGGGUGCUUUGGUGAACGCCGUCUUCUUGGUUGCCCUCUGUUUUAGUAUUACAGUCGAAGCUUGCAAAAGAUUCAUCGAAGUCGAAGAAAUUCACAAAGCAGAAUUACUCGUUGUUGUUGGGACAAUCGGCCUUUUGGUAAACAUCAUUGGCCUCUGCCUCUUCCACGAACAUGCUGCUAGUCACGGACAUUCUCAUGGAUUAUCUAGAAGUCACAAUAGGCUGAGCACUCUCGUAAGUACAGAUGACAAUGAAAAUGAUGAAUCCUUCCAUCAUCCGUCGCCACCUAGAAAAAGAGCACACGGACAUUCUCAUGACGCUAGUCAGAUGAAUAUGCGUGGAGUUUUCCUCCACGUGCUUUCAGACGCUCUUGGUUCGGUCAUCGUUAUCGUUUCUGCGCUCAUUGUAUGGCUUACAGACUGGAAAUACAGAUAUUACAUGGAUCCAGCUCUUUCGCUGUUGCUAGUACUUCUUAUUCUAAAAUCAGUGUGGCCCCUUUUACAAGAAUCAGCAUUAAUUCUGCUACAAACCGUACCCACACAUAUACAGGUUGAUGCGAUACAACAGCGAUUGCUAGAAAAUAUAGAUGGCGUUCUUGCUGUGCAUGAAUUCCACGUUUGGCAGUUGGCCGGUGACAGGAUCAUCGCCUCUGCUCAUAUUCGCUGUCGUAAUCUUUCAGAGUAUAUGAAAAUUGCCGAACAAGUCAAAGAGUUCUUCCAUAAUGAGGGCAUUCACUCAACUACGAUACAACCCGAGUUUAUAGACUAUCAAAGCAAUAGUGAAAUUAAAGAGACUCCGAAAGAAGACUGUGUUCUGGAUUGUCCAAAGACGGACAAACCUUGCAAUCAAGCAACCUGUUGUGGUCCUUCAAAACAGGGUCGCGAAACACCUUCCCCAGUAGAGACGCCAUAUAUGUGUAGACAAAGGAACAGUCUGGCGCGCUCAACGAGCUGCGUGGCAGGAACAGAGCAACAGGAAGUCAAUGAGAUGGAACGUGGUCAUUUAUUGUCACCACCAGCGAUUCAUCACUCCGUCCAACUACCUCAUCUCAUCAUACCCACGGCGCCUACUUUAACUUAACAUCAACCCACUGAACCUCUAGCUCCAACGCCGAAACCACGCGGACCAAAUCUUCAAAUAUCCACUAUUUAAUUCAUUACUUCAAUCUCCCCCUUUCUCUGCAGUUCAAAUUAAUCGAACGCUUUUCUGAUUAAUCUCAUCUCAAAAUUAAACGCCUCACAAUUUUGGCGUUCUCAAAUUUUCGAGCCUUUCAAAGAAUCUACCAGAUUGCAGACAAGACGAGCCUGUCUAGAAUCCCCAUCUGAUAUUGAAUAUAUGCGAAAAUCCAACUGCUUCCAACAGAAACUCAAUUUCCAGAAAUUUGGUCUGCUGUACACAAUAUGAUAUACUAACGAACCGGAUUCCGAAAUCGUUGGAAAAUCAUCUGGCUUUUGGAACUAAAGGGUAAAUGUAAUAGUUGAACUCAUCGUCACAGAGAGAUUUUAAUGCAUCAUUGUAAGUAAUUGUACGAAAUGUUGUAUGAUGUACUUUAUGAGAAAGGUCCAAACUGAGUAAGUUUGGUCCUCGCGAAUCCCACGGAUAAAUUGCUUAAUGUCUGCGAAAAUCUCUGUGAUCUCGGACUUAGUCCCCGAAAGUCGAGAAUGUUUAGGGCCUUAUUGAGCUCCUACUUUCUUUCGGAGAAAUGCCAAAUGUGGAUACCAAAUCGAAUGCGUAUUGAUACGCUGCGAUCGCCGACUCCUAGAUGCCUUUCAGAGUAUAUAACUCGGCUGUAUUCGUCUAUUCGAUUGACACUUUUUCUCUCGACCUUUCUGGACUCGCACAAUGCACGACGAACUUCGACAACAGCGAGAGAAACCGCAUUUGUGAACGAUUCAAGCUUCGAUUUUUUUAUAUUAUGUAUCAAUAUAAUUUUUUCCGUGAAGCUUUAUUGAUUUCUAUUUUCAGCUGUUUUCAAUUUUUAACGACUUUUACGUUUUUGACGCAUUAUAGUUUUUUAAAUUUGAAAUUUUAUCGCUUUCGAUUUUUUUUGGAAUUACAUGGGAUAGUGUAAAACAGACUUCUUCAGGAAGGAGAAAUUUCAGGAUUUUUACUUAUGGAACAGAUGUGGCAUUUCCACCACUACGCCUCCUCAUUCAGCACGAAAAGCUUCCGUAUAACUCUUGCAGCUGAUGGAGGAGGUAUAAUGGUGGAAAUGCAACAUCUGUUCCAUGAGUAAAAAUCCUGAAAUUUCUCAUUCCUGAAGAGGCUUGGUGUAAAAUAUAGAAAUUUGCUUCUGCAUUGAAAACUUAUUAGAAUAAAAAGCAAAAAAAAACAUUGAGGCUCUUUUCGAAGCUUGAAUCUUUCUUUGAUAAUUAAUUGUACAUUAUAGCAUAAUUGAUUUUUUAAUUAUAUUAAUGGCACUUUAUCAGACGCAGUUUUCCUGACGUUCGAAGUCAGCGCGUUUUGUACAUAAUCUUAGGAUGAUUAUUCAUUUGUCGUCACAGACAAAUUUUCAUCGAUGAAACCUUAUUGUUUCUCGAACUAUCAGAAACUUUUCAAAAGUAUUAAAUUAAUUCACACAAUUAGUAUUUUUAUCGGGAUUUCUCCUAUUUGAAACCAGAGUAUUUUAAAUCCAGUGACUCGGCAUAGGAUAUAAACAUAAUUUGUGACUGAAACUUUAAAGUGAAAUUUGUGUUCUAGAAUGAAAAAAGGAAAAUGAAAGCGAAAAAGCAUGUAAAGAUGAUUAUUGAAGAUGCGAGCAUUUUCUCUGAGGUUGAUCGUUUUUUGUAGAGAAAUUUUUAUUUAGGAAAUUGAAGCAUAAUCUCUGAGGAAAUGCGCGUGUUAAUUUUUUUUUAUUCGAAGCAAGAAAAACAUGACACAUGUGGCUAUGUCUGAUUUUUUCGACUAAACUAUGCAUUAAGUACCUACGCAAUAGAAAACGAAGAAAAUAAAUAUUUAUAAUCCAAUGUUAUAAAAUUAUGGAGAAAUAUAAAUUUUAUCCAUG